CAUAUCGAGAUAUAUUAUCUUUUGAAUUUAGUUCCUAUUAUAUGUUUUAAACCAAUCAUACGUGAAUAAAAUUUCAACAUUUUAAGAUAUUGACGGGUCACGAUAUCUAUCGAGAACUAAUGUAAAUAUUUUAAUUAAAAAUAAUGUAUUACUCUGGAAUAAUAUUUUCCAAUAUUCCACAUAACCAUACUCAUUCACUAUCAUUUUUAACUAACUAUUGAAUAAUACUUAUAGCAAGAACAUCGACGCACUUUUAGUAUCAACAGGUAACAAGACUUGUCUAGAAUAUCAAAACUAGUAUAGUGCUAAUGCUAUCUCCUAGUAUUAUCUAAACCAUAUCUUUUGAAUUCAAUUCUUGAUUUUUAUUUAUAGCAAGAUCGACGCACUCUUGGUAUCAACUGGUCAUCACAAGGUUCAUCUGACCAGGCAUUGUCAUGAAGGUCACAAUGUGUAUAAAGAAAUUGACAAAUUACAAAUUGUAAUAAAAAUUAAUGCAUUACUCGAGAAUGAUAUUUUAUAUAUUCCCUAAACCAUAUUAAUUUUGUUAUAAUUUUUAUUUAAUUUCUCAUUGGUACUUAUAGCAAGAAAAUCUACGUACUUUUAGUAUCAACAAGUCACAAGGUUUAUCCAGAAUAUCAAAACUUACUUCAUGUGAAUGCUAUCUCACAGGUAUUCACUAAGCCAUAGUAAUCCAUAUCUUCUUAAUUCAAUUCUCGAUUCGUAUUUAUGCCAAGUAAAUCUCAAUUCAAUUGUACACAAGGUUUAUCCAACCGGUUUUAUCGCAUUUAAGCAAAACACUAAUUAAAAUAAAAUAAAAAAAUAUAUAUUACCUAAAAUCAGUAUUGCCCAUUAUACAAGAAUCCAAUCAAUCUAUUACCUUUGAAACUCAAUCACUAAUCUCUAAUCACCUCUUAUAUAUAAUCACAAUAUGCAUAUGAAAUUUAUAAUGUACUACAAAGAAAAGAAUUAGUAAAAGGAGUUGGCUAGCCAUAGAGCAAAUUGGGUCGGGAUAUGGAGGACGGUUGGACCGGAUGAAUAAAAUAUUCAGGUUCAUGGAAGGAUUCAAUGCAUGAAAGCCGAGCUAAGUAGAGCCAUUGCAUCAAUCGCUGUCUCUGUAAGCACACACAGAAUUUUUCUCUUUCUUUCCUUUUUGUUUAAUUUCCCUUUGUGAUAUAUAAAUACAUUUCGAUGAUUCCGUUUGCUUUAAAAAGUUGCGGAAAAAAAAUUCUUCUUUCGAAACCAAAGCUUCAUUCUCCUUCUUCUUCCUCUUCUACCUCUCCCUUUCUCUCUGUGUUCGUUCUUUCUAUUCUUCCUUUUUUUGCCCCCUUCUUGAAGAGGGGGUUUCAAGUUGUCUGCUUUUCAUUUUUCGAAUGCAUUCAGGCUUUCUGGGUUCUUUGAUCCUGGCGUAUGUUCUCUUCCUGGUGUUGAUUUUCUCAAGUUUCUGCGGUGGUUUCGUUCUUCUUCAAGGAAUCUUCUUCUUCUUCCGGUUUUCUGGGAUUGUUCAAUCAUGCCUGCUCUUGUUAACUACAGUAAUGGUGAGUUAUUUCUUUCUGGGCUCUUUUCUCUAAUUGGGUUUUUUGAUUGCUUGAUCAUUUGUUUUGAUUUUCUGAAUCUGAUUGAUGAUAGCUUUUAUGGGUAUUGAGAAAAAUUGGGGAUUUAAGCUGUUUGUAGAAUUGCCCCAAUGAGAGGUUUGAGCUGAUUUUGUUCUGGGUUGUUGUUUGUUUGGGGUUUUUUUUAACAGGCGACGGGGAGAUAUAUUCACUUCGUUCAAACCCCAUGGAAUUGGCACAGUUGUGUUCAAUUGCUAGAGAUGUGUACAGCCCUGCCUGCAAGAGAGCUCGGAUUAGCUCCUCAUUUGCCUUCAAUUCCGAGGAAAGCAAUAGGCAGCCGUCAAUCGAAGUCCUACCAGAAGAGUGUCUCUUCGAGAUCCUCAGGCGAAUCUCCGGAGGCAAAGAGAGGGGCGCGUGCGCUUCAGUGUCUAAGAAGUGGCUCAUGGUGUUGAGCAGCAUCAGGAGAUCCGAAAUCUGCAAGCCGGUCUCGGGUUGCGGCGAUGUGGAGAUGGCGAGCGGUGAAAGCGUGGAGGAGCUCGAUGGGUGUCUCACAAGGUCAUUGGAAGGGAAGAAAGCAACCGACUUGAGGCUUGCUGCUAUUGCUGUGGGGACAAGCAGCCGGGGAGGUCUUGGCAAGCUUUGCAUUCGUGGAAACAGCAGCUCCUCUGGUCAUGGAGUCACUGAUCUUGGUCUAUCAGCAAUAGCUCGCGGCUGCCCUUCUCUCAGAACACUCUCUCUAUGGAAUGUGCCUCGGGUUAGUGACAAAGGGUUGUCUGCUAUAGCAAAGGAGUGCCAUUCAAUUGAAAAGCUCGACCUUUGCCAUUGUCCUUCAAUUACCGACGAGGGUUUGGCUGCAAUCGCUGGAAGCUGCCCCAAUUUGUCAUCUUUGAGCAUCGAAUCUUGCUCGAGGAUUGGCAAUGCCGGGGUACAAGCUGUUGCGAAGUUCUGUCCCAAGCUCCAAUCUUUAUCCAUCAAGGACUGCCCUCUCAUUGGCGACCAGGGUCUAUCAGCUCUAUUCUCGUCGUCUACAGCAAUAUCAAAGGUCAAGCUUCAGUCUUUAAACAUCACAGAUCUCUCUCUCGCAGUAGUUGGAUACUACGGCAAGUCUAUCACCAGUCUGGUCCUCACUGGCCUCCAAUUUGUCAGCGAGAAGGGGUUUUGGGUCAUGGGCAGAGCUAAAGGACUGGAAAAGUUGGCUUCUUUGGUGAUCACUUCUUGCAGGGGAACAACAGAUCUCGGCCUGGAAGCCAUCUCAAAGGGCUGCCUGAACCUGAAACAAAUUUGCCUCCGCAAGUGUUCGUUCGUGUCUGAUAAUGGGUUGAUGAGUUUCACCAGAUCAGCAGGCUGUCUCGAGAGCUUGCAGCUGGAAGAGUGCAAUCGAGUUACAGAAUCAGGAAUCAUCGGCGCAAUCUCAAACUGUGGAGCCAAGCUGAAAUCACUCAGCCUAGUGAGGUGCAUGGGAAUCAAGGAUACUACAGCAGGGCUCUCACUGUCAUCAUUGUCUCAAUGCAGCUCUCUCCGCUCUCUAUCCAUCAAGAACUGCCCAGGGUUCGGCAGUCUCGGACUAGCUCUCGUAGGCAACCUCUGCCCUCGACUCCAGCAUCUCGAACUGUCCGGGCUUCAUGGAGUUACCGACGCGGGGCUUCUCCCACUGAUGAGGAGCUGCAAUGCCGGUCUAGAGAAGGUCAACCUCAGCGACUGCUCGAGCUUGUCCGACGAAGUGGUCUCGACGUUGGCCAGGCUACACGGUGGAUCACUCGAGGUGUUGAACCUCGACGGCUGCAGGAGGAUCACCGACGCCAGCUUGGCUGCAAUCGCGGAGCACUGCAUGUUCCUCAGCGAUCUCGACGUGUCCAGGUGUGCGAUUACAGAUGCAGGGAUUGGGUACCUAUCAAAUGCCACUCAGCUCAACAUUCAGGUGCUUUCGUUGUCCGGCUGCUGUUACUUGUCAAGCAGGGUACUGACUUGUUUGAAGAGAAUUGGGAGGACUCUUGUUGGGUUGAACCUACAGCACUGCAAUGGCAUCAGCAGCAAGACAGUCGAGGUUUUAGUGGAGAGCUUGUGGAGAUGUGAUAUCCUGUCCUAGAUCGAGAGAAGCGCAGUAUGUUCGCGUUUCAGUUUCGUCAUAGAUUCGUAGAUCACAGUCAGCACAGCAGCCAGCAGCAGCAGCAGAAUCCAGCAAAGUUUUUGGUCGUGUUUUUGGCCUAAUCUGCUAACCCAGAGCAGAAUAGGCCUAGCUACUAAACCAAGCCAAACCCGAAAAAGAAAAACAAAACACAGGCAUUUUGGUUGUUUCCCAGGGGAAGCUGUGGCUAAGAUCAUCACUCCUUUUUUCCUCACACCCAUCAUCAUCUGCCCUCUUUUUUGCAGGCUUAUACCAAGUCUGUUUAUGGCACCCCUACUCCUUCCAUAGAUCAUAGCCAUUGUUUCCCCUUUACAGUCACCAGAAAGCCACACAGUUUCCCCUCAUCCAAAAGUAAAAAAAGACAGUUCUUAGUUUGUGAGUCUCAACUAGUGGGACUCUCUCUAUCUAAAUAUCGCCAUGUUUAGACGAUCGUUUCUUUGUUCUGGGUUUCUGCUGGACUGCAAUCUCUUUCAUCAGAUGUUUUUAAGCUUCUGUCACUCAGAUCGACUACAGCUUUUCUCAAUUUACUUUGUUGGUUUAAGGUUAUGAAGUCUCUUUUGUGUUGCUAUGUUUAUGAAUAAAGAAUAAAUUCGGUCUGUCUGCUCCAUUGUAAGAUCAAAUCAUCGUGUGGUGUCUUGCUUGAUGUUGAAGUUUAAGCCUUUAUGUUUUGAUGUUUGUCUUUCUUAUGGGGGGUUUGCUUUGAACAGUUUCCAUGUUAUGUUCAUGGUUUGUACCGUGCCCCUCUCUUCAAUAAAACAUGGUGCGUAUUGUUUUCUAGUCCUUAAACAUGGUUCCGAAAAGUUCAUGUCAUUGCUCGAUUCAGGUGUUCCGAAGAAGGCAUGCCACACGAAAUGAUCAUCUCAAGUAUAACCGUUGAUCGUGUAUUGCGACUCGCGAGUAGUCUCGGAGACAAUGGAGCAUUGGGUCUGACUAACAGAAUCCUUUUUCAAUAAGUAGAAGGAUCAAUUGGCCGACCUAGGCAGCAUUAGUUCUGACUAAUCGGAACUUUGGGCUACCAACUCCAGAACCCAAAAACCUAAUAAUAGGGUUGAAUUAGGAACCAUCCCCUGUUUUUCUUCUUAAAGCUUUCUUCCACCCGUUCCUAAACUAUGGGGAAACGCCGCCGCCUGGAGACCAAUGGCUAUGGAGAAACUAACCAAAUCCCGACCGGCGAAGAAGAGGUCGACCGGAUAUCGGAGUUACCCGACGACGUCAUCCAUAAGAUCCUCACUCGCGUAGAACCCUCUAAAAAAGCAGCGAAAACCAG